AUGGCUGUGCAUGCACAGGCAUGUCCUGCAGAGCCGAUAAUACUACAAGCGAAGUCUAAUGCUCAGCAAGUCUAUUUUCACACAAUUGGAUAUGAAACCGGUCGCUAUGCAAAUAACAUGAGAUGCAGCUGGAUCCUGAUGGGUAGCAGUAGCAGGAAAAGAAUAAUGCUAACUGUCCAUGAUUCCGACAUUGACGAUGCCUUGUUCUCAGAAUGUGAUGACUAUUGCUCCAUUCAUGAUGGUGAUACAUCUAAAUCACCAGAAGUAGUACGUUGGUGUGGUGAUAAGCAUCCGAAUGCGGUUAUUAGUACUACCGAUUCACUUUAUGUGUAUUUUCAUAGCGAUGAAGCAUUUCAAGGGAAAGGCAUUAAUAUGUCCUUCAUUGAAUUUGAUAUACCAGGAUGUCCACCGAGCUGGAUUUUCAGUUCGGUAGGUUACUGUUAUACAUUAAAGAGGCCAGUUCACGGUUUAACGUGGUUAGAAGCGCAGAAGGAAUGUAAUUUGGUACGCAGCAACCUACUCACGUUGACUUCUGCCAUCGAGUAUUCUUUUGUUGCAGCAAUUUACAAAAAAAGCAAAACACUACCAUGGAUUGGUUACAUGGAAGAUAGCAGUGAAGGAAAAUUUAUGCCCGUGGAUCCAAACUCCGGACCUUGGCUAGAAGACUUACCGAAACUCACUGGAAGUUCCCCUGGACAAAACUGUGCCUAUAUAGACUGGCGAAAUAGGAAUGGAUAUAUUUUGGCUAUGGAUGACUGCAGAAAUCGCCAUGAAUAUAUAUGCAAGCGUCAUCAAGAUGGUAACACGAUACCGUAUCUUCCACAAGAAGAAAUGAUGCGUAGCAGCGUCGCAAAGUCUCCAAUCCGUUUCACUGUCUGGUUGUUUAUUAUUCUGCUUAUUCUGUUGAUGCUUAUCCUACUUUAUUUAUGUUAUCGGAAGUGUAGAAAGCAACAUGCACUGUCACGUAUUGGAAGUUCCGAUGUAAACCAGCGCCUGGUUGCGGGAAUCGAUGUGCAGAGAGCUGCAACAUCCACUACAGUAUCACAUAUCGAAAGCUCCGAGGUCCAAAGAAUUGAUGGUGCUAAUAGUGAUGCAAGAGUGACUACAGUAACUGAAAAUGCUUUCAAUGCAGUCUUAGAUGGAGGUUCAUCAAGACAAACAAUAGAACAAAAUACUCCGAAUCAAAACUCGCACUCGGCACAGCAACUGAACCUGCAACGAAUUGAACCAACAGUUCUGACAAUUGAGCCAUGUUUUAAUGCCCGUCAAACGAGUGAAGAACGCCUCUCGGUACCUAGUCGAAGCAAACAAAACCUACCAUUUGGCUUACGGGAAAAUACAAUGGGCAGCACAACGAGGGAAGAAGCACUACUCAAAAUACGACGCGGUGAACUGUUUGAACGUCCACGCGUAUCUGUUCUAGAUCAUACAUCCGCCAUUAGCCUUGACGAAUUCUGGAACAAAAAUGAAAUGUCAACAAUUAACAGAAAUUAG